AGCGACCUCUAGUGGACUAGACUGGGAUCGCGAGUUCUACUGGGGCCCCUUGAAACCGCCCGUGGGUUCCAUGUUUGUAUCAGAAAUUGUGCAGAGGAACUCCAUGUUGUAACAAAGUUUCCAGCAAUCUCCCCUUUUUUGUUUUCCCCCCUUUUUUUCUCUCCCCGUUUCUCUGUUGUGGUUUCCCCCUCCCUCUCCCAUGCCCCCGGUCCCUCUCCAUUCCCCUUUUUCUCCCUUAUUCCUCCAUCCAACAAACCCCAGCCCAGAGGAAGGAAGAAGUGAAAGGGAAUAGCCGAGCUCUGGGGAGGUGUGAUGGACAAUCCGUCCAUAUUCACCCAGGUCAGCCGAGAAGAUGUGAACAACCCCCUGCAAGAGAAAGGUGCUCAAAGCCCCUCCUCUUCGAAGAAGCCUCGGAAUCGUAGCAUCUUCCACUCCCUGUUCUGCUGCCUGUGUCAUGAGGAUACUGAGCCCCUUCCCGUCAAUAACAAUGCCCCUCUUCUGGUAGAGGAGAAUGGAUCAGUUUCCAAGUCGUCUGCUAAAUACCUUCUCCCAGAGGUGAAAGCGCAUGACGCUGGCAAAAUCUGUGUGGUCAUCGACUUAGAUGAGACCCUAGUUCAUAGCUCAUUCAAGCCGGUCAACAAUGCAGAUUUUAUUAUUCCUGUGGAGAUUGAAGGAACGGUUCAUCAGGUAUACGUAUUAAAGAGGCCGCAUGUGGACGAGUUUCUUCGGCGCAUGGGAGAGAUGUUUGAGUGCGUCCUGUUCACUGCAAGUCUCGCCAAGUACGCUGAUCCGGUAGCUGAUCUGUUGGAUAAAUGGGGAGCGUUUCGUUCUCGGCUCUUCCGUGAGUCGUGCGCCUUUCAUCGAGGGAACUAUGUGAAAGAUCUGAGCCGGCUGGGGAGGGACCUUAAUAAGCUGAUUAUUAUUGACAAUUCUCCAGCCUCCUAUAUUUUCCAUCCAGAUAAUGCGGUGCCGGUGGCUUCAUGGUUUGACGACAUGACAGACACCGAGCUCCUAGACCUGCUCCCCUUCUUUGAGAGAAUCAGUCGAGUGGAUGAUGUGUACAGCGUUCUAAAGCUGCACCGGAGUGCUAGCUAGUGACUCAAGGGGGGUGGGUAGCGGCAGGUGGGCUUGUGUGUGAGUAAACUGACUUAUGCAUGGCAAAGGGCAGGAGAAGGAUCCUCACCAUCAUCAGCUGUUAUGGCGGGGUGGAAUGUGGUCUUCCGAAAUCAGCUCUCCUGCCCCCUAUGUGGCCUCCUUUUGGUGCAACCCAGCUCGGCACCGGUAGGUUUUGCAGAUUAGAACUUGGUGAUUGAUAUAAUAUUCAUAUUUCUGCAAUAACUUCGUUUUUUAAAGACUUCUAUUUUUCAUUAUAAGUUUCUGUAAGGAUAGGGGAAAUAACGCUCCUGUUCUGACAAACAAGAUUAAUACAUAGGCGAGCUCUUGUAUUCCUCUCAUCAUCACUUUUAGGGCAGUGUCAGAAUAAUAGUUACAUAUUUACAUUCUUAUGAAGCCAGCACCCGAGUGCUAUGUCUGUAUGGCUGUGGGGGGAGGAAUAUGUAGGUCUCUGUCUUGCUUCAGGCAUCAGUGAUCUGUCACAACAGGACUCCAGAGGUUUUAUUAAAGUGUUACUAUAGUCUAGUCAUUGCCAUAUACUAAAUGGUUGUAUUAAAUCAAGGGUAUGUUCAAGAGAGGGAGUACUCUUGUUCCUACUGUGUUAUUUUAUGAAGCAUCAGAUUUAGGGUAACCGGCAUGAUUAAUAGACAUGGGCAAUAUUGAAGCUAGAUCAGCAGGGGAUGUUCCCACAUGUGCUGGUCACAGUUGGGUUUGAUGUAGGGCAAGCCUAGUGUUGGAGCAUUGGUAUUGCAGCAGUGGAGUCAACAUGCAGGUGUACAGAACUCUUGUGAGUAGGGGGCGGCAGAGGGGAUGCUGAUAAUGAGAAAUGCAUGCAGCAAGGAGAUUGUCUGUUCCUCCGAUGAGCACCGCAGCUAGCACUCUAACUAAGAUUUAGGGACACAAUGAGAAUUCUGUGUGGCUUGAUGCCCUUAGACUUGCCCCAGGACUGUACCAUUAAGAUCAAUUUCUAGUGGGCUGUAACUAAGUUUACCUUUUCAGGGUUCUGCACAAAGUUUGGCCCUCCAAAGCAAUAGAUGUAUGUAGGAACAAUGGAGGUUAGUGAGUAUAGUAGGCCUGGAUGAUACCAGUAAGGCAACAUGGAAACAGUUUGGAAAAUGGCAACAGUAAAACUUUCCAUCAGUGUUGCUCAAUCAGCAGCCCUUCAGUGGUUGAAGUUCAGCACCCAUUGGUGCUCAAGGUUUGACACCUCAUUCACACUACAGAUUCAGAAAGUCCUGAUGCCAUUUCUUUUCAUGUUUUACCCAUCAUCUCCCUCCUGAGUGAUCUGUUGGAUGGAUUUAUUAGGGACCACGGGACAUUGUGUACUUAAUUAUAAUCCCAGUGCAACUUGGGUCAGGCAGUUGUGUAAGUGUAGCUCAUCCCUCUGGGCUAAUAGGUGUAAAUAAUGGGGCAAAUCACAGGCAACUGUGGCUAAAGUGGUGGCAAGAGGCUUUGUAAAGGGCAAAUCCACUUUGGAUGCAACUGUUUGAAACCCUUUCCUGGGUACGUAAAUGCACCUCCCCCUAGUGCAGAGCUCUGAAUUCUGCUUCUGGGCUGCUCUCUUUCCCAUUGUCAAGUAAGAGCGCUGUUUAGCUGCCAGAGCUCUAGGAAGCUGAUAUACACUGCCCAAAGAGAUCUCUAAAAUAAAGAACCCCACUACUGCCUUCUUAGUAGGGACCAAACCCCACCUUCCUGCAGGACAAUGGGAACAACAGCAGCCCAGGAACAGGAAGUACAGAGAAUCGGAGAUCAGGAUAUUAAGUAAGUACUGGGGUAGGUCUUAUUUCAGUUACUAGUAGGGUUGCCACCUGACCCAUAUUUUACCGGCCUGGCUGGUAAAAAUGUUGGUUGAUCCCAAUGUUAUUAAUAGGGAAAAAAGAUAAAUAUAUUUGGAAAAGGUGGCAACCUUAAUUACUAGUAGGAGGCUAUAACAGGUAGCAAAACAAGUAGGGGGCAUCAAAAAUAGUAUAAAAAAUAUAUUGUUUAUUGUAGAUUUCAUUUAAAAAAAGCAUCAGUAUUUCUAUUGACCCUAUGCGUUUCAUGGCCCCAGGGCACUAAAUCAUGAUAUAUAUAUUUUUUUUACUAUUUUUGGUGGCUCUUGAGUUUUCUGAGUUUUCUGGAUGCCCCCUACUGGUUUAGAUAUUGGUUUAUCCGCUCCCGGGGCUGGUGCACCUGGACCACUUGUUCUACAUGGUGAGUGAUUCAUACAUUAUGUCCUGUGCCCCUAUGUUGUUUCAUUGCUGUAAGAAUAACAGGCCCAGGUUUCAUCCAAAGUAACCACCCAUGUGCAAUUGAACUACCCCCUGAGACUAAAGGAGCAGAGGUUAUCUUGGAUUAACCUCUAGUUGCAAGCAGAUGAUUGGUCUAUAAUUUGCUGGCAAAUGCUUAGUGCCUUUAUUAUAUUCAUUAUAAGUAUCACCCAAAUCUCCUGCCCCCUGGGCACGCCACACGUAGUCAAGUGCCUUUCUGUGGUUUAUAUCAGGAUUUGCUUUUUGUGCCUUGUCUCCUGUCCCCAUAUCUGCAAUAUUGCAUUAGGGGUUAAACCUGGUAUUGAUUCAUCAGUGCCUUUUUGGGAUGCCGGGUAAUCAAGAGGCAGUUAGCAAUGUGGUUAAUAAAUGGCUCUUUCCAACGAAUGAAGUUUUGCUAAUAAAUCUUAUGUCUCCUU